AUGGCCACAUCCCCUUCUUCUGAACCACCAACACACCCCGAUAACAAGGAUGACGGCUUUCUGGAGAAACUGGCGAAUGCCUCCGUGGGCGGGUUCGGAGCGGCACCAGAGUCCUCCCCAACCUCAGAACCGCCGUCGACAUCGUCGCCGCCAGGACCCUCCUCAGCAAACGAGCAGACGCUUUUGGACAAGAUCACAACAGCAUUCACACCCGACAAGAAGCCAGACACGGCCUCGCAGUCGAAACGAUCGCCUGAAGCGGGCGUUAACUCGCACCUUCCGACUUUGGCGUCUGCAGUUUCGUCUCAGAAGACUGCCGAUGCAGGCAGCGAUGGGAGUGCUGCGAAAUCGAAGGCGAAGGUAGAUUUGGAGGCAUCAAUCGCAAAACUGGGCCUUCGAAAUGAACACGACACCUCGACUUCGAUACAGCAUGCUCUGGAGACCUUGCGACUCACAGCGAAACAUUCUGAAGCCCCUCCUCUCCCCAUUGCUUCGACUUCAGCCAAUUCCCGUAGUGUUCUGGACCAUAUUGGUCUUGGUCUGGAUCAUCAUGAUCCACCUUUGGUGGCAAUGGGUGGACGUCAGAUGCCGGUCGUUUCGUCAAGGACUCUUGUUCAUCAUAAUGUCCUUGAUGAGUUGGGUCUAGGUUUAGACCCCCAUCGCACACAACUCCCGGAUUACCACCCGAAGCCCACAUCAUCAUAG